AUGAAAGCAGCGUACAUUACUAAAUCACAAAUUGUAAUAAACAUUGAGAUUGUAAUUGUUAAAAACAAGGUUGGACGAUGUUCUGUUGCAAACAACAUUAGAGAAAAACUUGAUAAGAAUGCAAAUAAAGCAUUAAAACAUCGUCAUGGCGAAACAUGGGAAGGAAAAAGAAAUAACUUAAGUAGAUUUCUUCUUCACAUUGUUCAAAAGCUCGACUGA